AUGGAAACUGUGGAAACUAUGGAUUUAGUAAACAAUAAUUUUAUUAAUGACCAGAAUAUUAAAAAAAGUCUGGAACUUGCAAAUGAAAAUAAUAUUGGAGGAGGUGAUGCUGACAAUACUCAAUUGUUGGAAUCGGUCCAAACCAAUGAAAAUCAAACUACUCCUACAAAUGAAGAGGAAGACCAAAAGCCAACAACUCAUGAUGUCGAUGACAUCAAUGAAAUCCAAUCGCUCACCAAAGAGGAACUGAUAGAAUCCUGGGAGCCAAAUCAAGACGAACAAUACCUAAACAUCGACAGUGAGAACGUCGUCGACCGUAAGAGAAUGCGUGCACUACUCGACCAGAUGCGUUUGAUGGAGAAGGGAAUAUUCGAUCGUGAUGCCAAAGUCAAGGAACUCGAGAAACUCGUGGAACAACUGACGCUCGCCCAGAUUGGACGUCCUUCCGACAAUCACGCCGGCGUCAACGGCUAUCCCGAUGAAGCAUCAUCGACAUUCCAACACCACCAGACACCACCACCAUCGUCACACUCACACAGUCGUCCAUCGACACCAAGAAGAGCCAUUCCCAAAUUCAUCAAACGACUCUCAGAGUACUCUCUCAGUUUCAAAUCCAACCGAAAUCUACUGAAUGACGAAGAGGAUUCGAUCGAUGUCAACGUCAAUGAUAGAUCACACCAUCAACAUCAAAACACACCAAGAUCGAGACCUUCCACUCCAUCAAGAGCAUCGCCAUCGUUUUGGUCCAGAAGUACCUCUAUGUUAUCAUUACUUAAAUGGUCAUCGGAUGACGCAAGCAGCACAACCACUGAAUCAACAGUAAAGAAUUUAUAA